AUGACUAUUGGAAAUAUACCUGCAUGGCAAAGAUCUCAAAUAAAACAAAUUUUUUUAGUAGCAUUAAUAUACGAAAGAGAUAUAAAAAAGUGCGGUUAUUCAAAAAUUUUAGAACCAAUAGUAAACGAUAUAAAGCAAAUUGAAUCGGAGGGGAUUUGUUUAAAAAUGAUGGAAACAGAAAGAACGAUUAAAGGUUCAGUUAUGUGUCUUAUAGGCGAUAACCUUGAGUCAGAUGGUACUUUGAUAGACGAUAGUGAAGUAUUGAGGUUAUUACAAAAUGAAACGUUAAUUCUUUUGGAAGAAAGUGAACAGUGGAUCCCCAUCUCAGUAGAAUUUACAAAUGAAAAUCGUAUUUCCCUUCAAGCAUCACCGGUCUCUUUACCGUCAACUGUUUCAAUUACGUCUGAUUUGGAUAUGUCGCCACUACCUUCUAGCAUGUUUAUUAACCAAUCUGGGAGUGAAAAUAGUAAUCAGAGUAACCCCAUUUACGUCGAAAUUAAAAAUGUCGUUGCAAAUACUGAGCACUUAUGGGAUAAUUUUGAAAUCCCAUGGCAUAAAAUUCCAACGGACAUGCUGGAUAUGUGCGCUAAAGUUGUGAAUGAACUAAGGGAUGUAAAAGAAGCUAUACCUUCAAAGGUUUUGAAACGCGUAGCGAACGAAAUGUGCGUAAAAUAUCCGUUGAUGUUUCGUGAUAGUGACCAGGAUGGUUUAGUAGUGGCCGAUGGCUCCUGUACAAUAUUUUGUAAGCUACAAGAACGAGCAUCUUAUUUAAGAAGACCCCACAAACGCAAUUCUUCUUCACCAUUAGUUCCUCCGCGCCUGUCUAAAAGGAAGACAAAUAUUAUGUCAGGCUGUGUCCAAUGGGAAGAAAAUGUAGAUCCUAAUGCGAACAUACCUACGGAUAAGGACGUUUUAAAUAAUAUGGUGGAUACUGGUGAAGAAUUCUUCCGUCUACUUGAACAAACUUAUCCAGCACAAAGGCAGUUCCUUAAUGAUAUUGUUAAGCCGCCUACAAUCAACGAAAUACUAAAUAUACUUACGUCGAAGGCGCAAAAAAUUAUCGAAUUUGGCAUAGGUAUAAAAAAGAUUGGGCCGAAAUUGAAUAUGACCGAAAAAGAUUUACAUAUCUCUGCUAUGAAUUUCUUCUCUUCAUACUUCAAAGAAGAUAUUAAAUAUUUUUUGGAUACAUCAACGGGGUUAAACCAACACGAUAGCGGUGUAGAUAUAAUAAGUGAAGCACCAUGCAUUCACAUAAUAGGAGAAAGAAAAACGUAUAGUGUGUUCGUAGAAAAAGAACAAGUGUUCGAAACACCAUGCCAUUUAACUGCGAUGGAAGUGGCCUUCGGAUUGUUUUAUAUUUUAAACUUAGAAUAUCCACGGGAAAUAUCUCAAUUACUAGAAUUUAUACAACGUUUCUUUUUUAAAAUUCAUCCCGACGCCGGUAGCAGAUCAAAAAAAAAUAUGGGAAAACGAAGGGUGAUAUCUCUCAUUAAUAAAAUAAAAGAUUUGUAA